UGCAACUACUACAUAACUAAGCAUGCAAAACUAUCUUUUGUAUGAUUACUCCUAGCUAAUGUUAAACAUAAUGUUCACAAAGCUUCUGUCAUUUCAGUUUAUUCUCAUGAUGUUUUUCUGUUCACUUUUAUGGCUCUCUACCAUCCAAGUUUAUGGCAUUUUCAGUUUUGCUGCAACUAAUGCUACAAAAGAUAAAGGUAGUGAAGCAAUUGCUCUAUUAAAUUGGAAAACCAACCUUGACAAACAAAGCCAAGCUUCAUUAUCUUCUUGGACAACCUUUUCAAGUCCUUGCAAUUGGGAAGGAAUUGUUUGUGAUGAAACAAAUUCUGUGACAAUUGUAAAUGUUGCAAACUUUGGACUUAAAGGUACUCUUUUCAGUCUCAACUUCUCAUCUUUUCCUAUGCUUCAAACUUUGGAUAUCAGUUACAACUUUUUUUAUGGACCUAUUCCACAUCAAAUUGGUAACUUGUCCAACAUUUCUAAACUAAAAAUGAGUCAUAACCUUUUCAAUGGUUCCAUUCCUCAAGAAAUAGGGAAACUAAGAAAUCUAAAUCACCUUAAUAUUGCAACAUGUAAGCUCAUUGGUUCCAUACCCUCAACAAUUGGAAUGUUGAUAAAUCUUGUUGAACUUGAUUUGUCAGCUAACUAUCUCUCAGGCGAAAUCCCGUCAAUAAAAAACUUGUUGAACUUAGAAAAGCUUGUUCUCUACGGAAACUCUCUUUCUGGACCGAUUCCUUUUGAGUUAGGAACAAUCUCUUCUCUUAGAACAAUUAAAUUGUUGCACAAUAAUUUUUCUGGUGAAAUUCCAUCUUCCAUAGGAAACUUGAAAAACUUGAUGAUACUUCAGCUUAGUAAUAAUCAAUUUCUUGGAUCAAUUCCUUCCACUAUUGGAAACUUGACAAAACUCAUUCAAUUGUCAAUUUCUGAAAACAAACUUUCUGGAUCAAUUCCUUCUUCAAUAGGAAACUUGAUCAAUCUAGAAAGGCUUAGUCUUGCACAAAAUCAUCUUUCUGGACCUAUUCCUUCAACCUUUGGAAAUUUGACCAAACUAACCUUUCUAUUACUUUACACAAACAAGCUUAAUGGUAGCAUUCCAAAAACAAUGAAUAACAUUACCAAUUUGCAAAGUUUGCAAUUAAGCUCCAAUGAUUUCACUGGCCAAUUGCCACAUCAAAUUUGCCUUGGUGGUUCUCUUAGAAAUUUUUCUGCUGAUAAGAAUCAGUUCAGUGGUUUUGUUCCAAGAAGCUUGAAGAAUUGUUCAAGCCUUCUUAGACUUAACCUUGCAGAAAAUAUGUUGAUUGGAAAUAUUUCAGAUGAUUUUGGUGUGUAUCCAAAUUUGAGCUACAUUUCUUUGAGUGACAAUUUUUUGUAUGGCCAAAUUUUGCCAAAUUUGGUAAAAAGUCAUAAUCUAAUUGGCCUAGAGAUCUCAAAUAACAAUUUAUCAGGCACUAUACCUUCAGAACUAGGACAAGCACCUAAGUUACAAAGUCUUCAACUUUCUUCAAAUCAUCUAACCGGAAAAAUUCCUAAAGAGCUUUGUUACUUAACUUCAUUGUAUGAACUCUCCUUGAGUAACAAUAAACUUUCUGGAAACAUUCCUAUAGAAAUAGGAUCCAUGCAGGGACUUCAAAAAUUGAAUCUUGCAGCAAAUAAUUUAAGUGGAUCAAUUCCAAAACAAAUUGGAAAUCUUCUCAAAUUAGUUAAUUUGAAUUUGAGCAAUAAUAAGUUCAUGGAAGGAAUUCCCCUUGAAUUUAACAGAUUGCAAUAUCUUGAAAAUCUUGAUCUUGGUGGAAAUUCGCUAAAUGGAAAAAUACCAGAGUCACUUGGAAAGUUGCAAAAGUUGAACACAUUGAAUCUCUCUCACAAUAAUCUCUAUGGAACCAUUCCAUCUAAUUUUAAGGAUUUGAUAAGCUUGACAAUGGUUGACAUAUCUUAUAACCAAUUAGAGGGUUCAAUUCCUAACAAUCCAGUGUUUCUUAAGGCGCCAUUUGAAGCACUUAGAAACAAUACAGGUUUAUGUGGUAAUGCAUCAGGCUUGGUACCUUGCAAUGACUUGAGUCAUAAUAACACAAAAAGUAAAAACAAAAGUGCGAAAUUGGAAUUAUGUAUUGCUUUGAUUAUUCUAUUUCUUGUAGUCUUCCUGGUUCGUGGCUCUUUACAUAUUCAUUUGCCAAAAGCAAGAAAAAUUCAAAAGCAAGCUAGAGAAGAACAAGAACAAACUCAAGAUAUUUUUUCCAUAUGGAGUUAUGAUGGAAAAAUGGUUUAUGAAAAUAUCAUUGAAGCCACAGAGGAUUUUGAUGACAAAUAUCGAAUUGGUGAAGGAGGUUCUGGUUCUGUUUACAAGGCCAAUUUACCUUCUGGCCAAGUUAUUGCUGUGAAAAAACUUCAUGCUGAAGUUGAUGGUGAAAUGCACAAUUUCAAGGCUUUUACUAAUGAGGUUAAAGCAUUGACACAAAUCAAACAUCGUAACAUUGUGAAGUUAUAUGGAUUUUGUUCACAUCCACGCCACGCUUUUGUGGUUUAUGACUUCCUAGAAGGAGGGAGUUUGGAUAAUGUGUUAAGCAACGACACACAAGCAACAAUGUUUAUUUGGAAAAAGAGAGUGAAUGUUGUUAAGGGUGUAACAAAUGCUCUUUACCAUAUGCAUCAUGGUUGCGCUCCUCCUAUUGUUCAUCGCGACAUAUCGAGCAAAAAUGUUCUUUUAGAUUUGGAUUGUGAAGCUUACAUCUCAGACUUUGGAACAGCUAAGAUUCUGAAUCUUGAUUCACAAAAUUCAACAACAUUUGCAGGCACUUAUGGUUAUGCAGCACCAGAGCUUGCAUAUACUCAGGAAGUGAAUGAAAAAUGUGAUGUGUUUAGUUUUGGAGUGUUAUGUUUGGAAAUAAUAAUGGGAAAACAUCCAGGGGAUCUUAUUUUAACAUUGUUCUCAUCAUCUGAAGCACCAAUGGCGUAUAAUUUGCUUUUGAAAGAUGUAUUAGACACAAGACUUCCACUUCCAGAAAAUUCAGUUGCUAAGGAUGUGAUCUUGAUUGCAAAAAUGGCAUUUGCUUGCUUGAGUGGGAAUCCACAUUCUCGACCAACUAUGAAACAAGCGUAUAACAUGUUUGUUAUGUCAAAAUCACCAUCAAUGGAGACAUUCUGCACCAUCACUCUUGGUCAACUUCUAGAUUAGUGAACAAUGAAUUUGGUUUACUUGUGUUGCAAGCAUCUUUUUUGUGCUACUAAUAAUGUGUGUAUGGGGUUUUGUCAUCUUUAUAGGCUAGUCUUAAGGUUUUAAUUACCUAAGAAAAUAAGAUUUAUAUCUUGUGUGUUGUAACUUUUAAGGGUGUAUUUGAGUAAACAACUUAGUUUAAUUAA